AUGUGGGUCGUGAAUUCGGGUAUUGUGUUUGACUUUAUUCUUAUCCUCUGCUUGCAGGCGUACAUACCCGAGCUGUCGGGCAUUGGACUGUGCGUGGUCAACUUGAUGGAUGACAUGCAGGAAUAUACGCGGGGAUUGUUUCUAAUUAUGUACUGUGGGCCGGCCGUCCUCUUGUCCUAUCUCUAUAUACGCACCUCCCAGGAGCUGCGUCCGCCGGAUGGGCCCUUCGCUGUCAUGAUGUACGAGCAUCGUGUCGAUCUACGCAUGCGACAGAGGAACUCGUCCGCUUCGUCGGAGCCACGUGCGCACAGCGGCGGAGGCGUGGCCGGUCUGAGCAAUGGCCACGGCAGCAGCAGCCGCUCCUACGAUCUCUACAGCGCCGAAAUGGACGUCUGCCGGGAGAAGCGCAAGCAGCGCAACUUUGGCAGCAUGGCCGCCACCCAGGUGGUCUGCCUGUGCCCCCUGAUGAUACUGCGCUUCGCGCGGCUCUCGCUCGAGGAGACCUACGAGAAUCAGAAGCACUUCGACUUCACCUACCUGAUGUUUGUCUGGGUCGCCUUCUUGCCCACGGUCAUAUUCCCCUGCAUCUACGCCUCGCAGAUAUUGCCCAGAGAUGAACAGGAGCGCCUCCGCGGCUAUUUUCGUCUGUCGGCCAAGCGGGCGUCCAAGUCGCAGCGCCGCAGCAAUGCGGGCUCCCAGGAGGACUCGAUUGAGAAGGACGAGCACAGCAACACGACGAGCAUUGUGGCCAAGGGCCAGAGCCAGGCGGCGACAGAUGCGCAGAAGCAUCCGAGCAAGGGGCACGCCGUGUCUGGGCGCCACGAGCGCAGCCAGGGGCAUGGCGUGGGCGCGACGGAUCGGUACAGCGGUGCACCCUACAGACAGGGUCAGUCUGGCAUCAAGGAGCGGGACCGGGAGCGCGACAAGGAGCGUGAACGGGAGCGGGACAAGGACCGGGAUAGGGAUCGGGAUCGGGACAGAGAUCGCGAACGGGAGCGGGAUCGACAGCGCGGCGUAUUGGGUGGUCGCGGCGCUGGAGACGCGGGCAUGGUGAACAAUCUUAGCAAGAACAUGCGCGGCAAGAAGCACGACGUCAAGAUCAACAUCAUCUCCGACGGGCAUGCGUCCACGGGAUCGGCGCGCAAGCAGCCGGCGAGCACCAGCAGCAACAACAGCAGCCGCACAUUGAAGGCCGCCUCCUCCGCCAGCGGCGCGGCGCGGCAGAAGCUGGGCGUGGAGUACAUGUCGGUGUCGAACAACUCAGUGUCCAAUCUGACCGCCUCCACGUACUGCAACGGCAACAACAGCGCUCUGAUGGACGACAGCAGCACGAGCAACUACGGCGACGGCGAGGAGAGCUCCGUGGUGAGCAGCAUGAUGCAUCCGCCGCAGCGCUGGCCGAACGUCGGCGGCGGGCUGCGGAACAAGGAUGUGUCGUUCAGCGAGUGCAGCAGCACCUUCUCGUCGAGCACGCUGGAGCGCGACCUGGAGAUCAUCGAUCUGCUGGAGCGGGAGCGCAGCAUGGACAUACAGGAAAUGAUGCAGCGCGAGCAGCAGGACGACAAGAUCCGUCUGUCCGGCGGCGGCGUCGGCCGCCAGCUGCCGGACAUUGAGAAGCUGUACGCGCAGCGCUCGCCGAAGCCCAAGCGAGACUCCAGCUAUGGCUACGACAAGACCGGGCUGGCUCUGGUGAUGCCCGGCAGUGAUCCGCUCAGCAUGUCAAUCUCGAGCAGCAGCCAGCCCACGGAGUACAGCCUGUGCUCCAAUCUGCCGGAGCAGCAGCAGCAUCUCCAUCAGGCGCAGCAGCGCCUGGGCCACCUACAGCAGCAGCAGCAGCAGCCGCCGCCGGCGCCGCCACCGCCGCCGCUGGAUGAGGAGGAGGUGCCGCAGGACUUUUACGACAGCUACACACCCGGUGGCAACAACAAUUUGCCGCGCUCAGCCAUUGUGCAAGGCCCGCAGCCCGCUCCGCCCCCGCCCGCCUAUCAGUAUCAAUAUACGCGCCGACUGAGCCGCAAAAGCUUGGGCGCCGGCUCCCAUCAUGGACCCGGCGGCGGCACCUCGCGCAGCUCCAAGCGCGACAGCUUCAAUUCGCUGAACGGCACGGAUCUGAUUGCGGGCGCCUUCUGCGAGCUGGACCCCACCCAGCCGCUGAACAAGAUGGCCGGCCUGGAGGGACGCAUGCGGCGGAGCAGCCCGAGGAACACCAGCUUCAGUUCCAGCUCCGCGCGCAGCUCAAUGAAGUCGCGCGACUACGGGCACGGUUCGACGCACUCAGCCCACCCGGAACUCGACUUCAGGGAGAACAUAUUCGCCGAACUGUAAGCUGGGGCCAGGCUGAGCCCCUCCAGGCGGGAGAUAUCUUUUUUUUAAAUAUAUAUGUAUGUACAUAUAUACAGACAUAUGUAUGUAUAUAAGACGUAAGUAUUCGCAUCUUAGCGAACUAGCAGAACUUUUCGACCCAGGCCAUUUUUUUCUACUUGUUAGCUUAGGGGUAAAAGGGGAGCGCGAGGCUUAGCUAAGGAAUCAGAGGCCAGCGCUCUGACACAGGAGACGACUCUCCGCGUCGAGGGCGGCUGCAGGUACUGUGGGAGCGUUUUUUAAGCAGUUUUAGGACAAAUUUUUAGCACGAUGGGGAAAUAAAAAAAUUUUAUUCGUCAAAAUGGCAAAUAUUUGCGUAUUCUCAAUGUACAAUAAAAACAAGUAAACAAAAUGAAUAAGAACGAACGAAAUGCUUAUAUACACGUAAUGCUAAUCAAAAAAUAUUAUUAAUUUUUAAAGCACAAAGCAGAAAUGCGAUGCGAUGAGAUGAGAUGAGAAAAAAACGAGAGUGGAAAUGAUAAUGAAAAAAUCAUGUAUUUUUUAACGAUCCAUGAAAAGUUUGCUCAGCAAAGUUGUUAAACCGAGAGGAAAUUGCGAUUGACAUAUUUUUAAAGAACUUAUUCCAAUACGAAUAUAUCAGAAAAAAAAAA